UAUUUUUUUAAUAUUGAAAAGGCAUGAAUCACAAGUUUCUUUACCAGACAUGCUUCCUAGUUUCUACAUAAACGUAAUUAACAUUCACAAACUCAAGAAUUAAUCCCACACUUAACUUAAACUAACUUAAUUAAUCAUGAAAACUCAAAAAUCAUCCUCAUCAAUGUCUCUUCAAACAUUAUUACCACUCAACUCAACCUCUAAUCAUCACCAUUUCAACACCUCCUUCACUCAACUCAACUCCAUCCUCAUUUCCUCGAAAACUCGAAAAUCCACCAAUAAUGACAAAAUUACCCCUUCCUCCCAUUUCCUUUGUACUUCCAUGUCCAUGCAACCCAAACUCCAAACACCAACACCAACACCAAAAACAACCACAAAGUCCACCAUGGAUAGUCUCUCGGUUUUCGAACGCGCCGUCAUCGGAAUGUGCGCCGGAGCCUCCGCCGGCGCGUUCACCUACUUCACCCUUCACCCACUAGACACCAUCAAAACAAAGCUCCAAACAAAAGGAGCUAGUCAAAUUUACAAAAAUACCCUCGACGCCAUAGUAAAAACCUUCCAAACCAAAGGUGUCUCGAGUUUUUACAGUGGGAUAUCAGCAGUAAUCGUUGGAUCAACUUUCUCCUCUGCUUUACUAUUUGGAACUUGCGAGUUUGGUAAAUCGUUUCUAUCAAAUUUCGAGGCGUUUCCGUCGCUGUUAGUCCCUCCAACGGCGAGUCUAAUGGGGAGUGUCGUCUCCUCCGCCGUAAUGGUACCGAAAGAGCUAAUCACCCAAAGAAUGCAAGCUGGCGUAAAGGGAAAAUCAUGGGAGAUUUUAGCUCAAAUUCUGAAAAGAGAUGGUUUGUUAGGGUUAUACACCGGUUACUCAGCUACAUUGCUGAGGAAUUUACCGGCCGGAGUUUUAAGCUACUCGUCGUUCGAGUGGCUUAAAACCGCCAUACUUAUUAAGAAGGAGAAGAAGAAGUUGACACCGUUGGAGAGUGUUUGUUGUGGUGCGUUGGCGGGGGCGAUAUCGGCGUCGUUAACGACACCGUUAGAUGUUGUUAAGACUAGGAUGAUGACACAAUUUCACGGGGUAAUGGUGGUUAAUAAUAAUUAUGGGGUUAGUGAGAUUGUUAAGCAGAUUUUGAUGGAGGAAGGUUUGGUUGGUUUAACAAGGGGUAUGGGUGCUAGGGUUGUUCAUAGUGCUUGUUUUUCUGCUAUUGGUUAUUUUGCAUUUGAGACUGCUAGGCUUGCUAUUUUGGAUCAUUAUCUUAAGCAUAAGAAUCAUCAACAGUCUAAUACUCCCUCCGUCCCAUAAUAUAGUGCAUGUUUUCCUAAAAUGGUGUCCCUAAAUGAUGUGCCUAUUUCUAUUUUAAACCAUUAAUUUUUACUUUGAAAAUUGUACUUUUUGACUUUUAUUCAACCCAUGUGCUUGAUUUUUGUCCUUUUUAGGCCUAUUUAUUAUGUACACACCUUUAAUCUAUAAUUUAUCUCUCCAUUUUUGCCAA